UCUAAAAAAAAGGAAAGAAAAAAAGAAAAGAAAAGCUGGAGAAGAGGAGAGGAGAGGAGAGGAGAGAGAGGGAAGUGAAGGGAAGGGAAGGAAAGGGCAGACUGCGAGUUGCUUCACUAAAGCCGUGUAAGAAGAGGGCGAGCGCGCGCGCGCUGACCGGAUGUGCUUUCUGUGCUGGAGGUCUCAGCGCUCCGGGCUGCAGGAGGGGGAGGGGUCAGCGGGGGUUUCGUGAUCUCGCGCGCUCGGUGUGUGUGUGUGUGUGUGUGUGUGUGAGAGAGAGAGAGAGAGAGAGAGAGUGUGUGUGAGAGAGAGAGAGAGAGAGAGAGAGUGUGUGUGUGUGUGUGUGUGUGUGUGUGUGAGUGAGAGUGUGUGUGUGUCAGUGUGUGUGUCAGUGUGUGUGUGAGAGUGAGGGAAGAGUGUGUGUGUGUGUGUAUGUGAGAGUGAGGGAAGAGUGUGUGUGUGUGUGUGUGUGUGUGUGAGAGUGAACUCCGCUCGGAUGCUUUGAUGUGUUUGCGGGCUGUGUGUGCGGAGCGCGCGGCCGGAGCUGCAGACUCUCAGAGCGCAUGUUGAUUUUUUACCCCCCGUGAUCCGGAUCUCUCCCCCUCCCCCCUCCCCCGAUGCCCCAGCAGCUGGCCUGAUGUGGGGGAAAAGCGCGGCCUGGCUGCAGGAGGAGCUGGAGUCCGGACUCAACUCCCUGCUGCUGCUCGACUGCCGCUCGCACGAGCUGUUCGAGUCCAAACACAUCGAGUCGGCCAUCCACCUGGCCAUCCCGGGCCUCAUGCUGCGCCGCCUGCGCAAAGGCAACCUGCCCAUCCGCUCCGUGAUCCCCAACGACGCCGACAAGGAGCGCUUCAUCCGCCGCUGCAAGAGCGACACCGUGCUGCUCUACGACCACAGCGGGGACAGCGGGGCGGCUGCAGCGGGGACGGCGGGGUCCGUGCUCGGGCUGCUCAUGCACAGGCUCCGGGAGGACGGCUGUAGGGCCUACUACCUGGAGGGAGGAUUUAAUAAGUUUCAGACGGAGUACCCGGAGCACUGCGAGACCAAUCUGGACUCGUCGUGUCCGAGCAGUUCUCCUCCCACCUCGGUUCUUGGUCUGAGUGGAUUAAAGAUCAGCUCCGAUGGCUCAGACGGAGAAUCGGACCGCGAGCCGAGCAGCGCCACCGAGUCGGAUGGCAGCCCGUUACCGAGCAACCAGCCAACGUUCCCGGUCCAGAUCCUACCCUAUCUGUACUUAGGCUGUGCUAAAGACUCCACCAACCUGGACGUCCUCGGCAAAUACAACAUCAAGUACAUUCUGAACGUGACACCCAACCUGCCCAACAUGUUCGAGCAUGACGGAGAAUUCAAGUACAAACAGAUUCCCAUCUCGGAUCACUGGAGCCAGAACCUGUCGCAGUUCUUCCCCGAGGCCAUCUCCUUCAUCGAUGAAGCUCGCUCUAAGAAGUGUGGCAUCCUGGUGCACUGCCUGGCGGGGAUUAGUCGCUCGGUCACCGUGACAGUGGCGUAUCUGAUGCAGAAACUCAACCUGAGUCUAAACGACGCUUACGACUUCGUCAAGCGCAAAAAAUCCAACAUCUCACCCAACUUUAACUUCAUGGGGCAGCUGCUGGACUUCGAGCGGACGCUGGGUUUAAACAGCCCGACCUGCGACAACCGAUCGCCCAAGGACCAGCUGUUCUUCACCACACCCACCAAUCACAACGUUUUCCAGCUUGAUACACUCGAGUCAACGUGAAAACACGCCAAAAUGAAUUUUUGUCUCCAGGAGUAAGUUUGGAAACACAACUCGGGCAGCGUCGGAUCGUACCAAACGCCCGGAAAACGGAUUGUGAAAGCAGAACCACGGAAACACAGUUUUAGCCAUCACGGCAGCUUUUCUUGCCUUUCUCAAACGGACUGUUCUCUUUUGUGUUUUUUUUAAAAUAAAGAGGAAACAAAAGACCAAAUGAAACCAGACAAAAACAAAAGACAUUGAUUUGUCAUCAAGUUUUUACAACAAACUUCCUGUCCUGAUGGGUGCCAAUGUGGAAUUUUUUAUUUUUUGAUUUCAAUUAAAAAAAAACAACACAAAAAAACAGGAUCUUGAGAAAGAAAACUCGCUCUACUAAAUGUAGGGUUUACAAAAGUAAACAAAGACAAACAAAACAACAUUAAAAUGCCAUUUGUCUCGACCAACAGCAACAGUUUCUAAAAAGUCCUGAUUGUAUCUGACCAACAAUAACACCGCGUCUGUCUGUUUAUGGGAAAUUUCUUGUUUUUUUACUGUUUUGUUUUGAUCUAAUGCGCUUUGCACAGCGGAAGCCUUUUGCUCUUUUGGCACUUGAAACUGGUACACAAAUAAACAGAGACAUUUCGAGGUCGUUAAGAUUGUUAACCAUCGGCUCUUAACGAGCUUCCUCACUUCCUUCUGAAUGAAUGUGUUAAUUUCUUUACUGACUCGCGCUCAGGCUCUCGUUCAGAUCCACCAUCAGAACCUGGCGUAUUUGAGCGAGUGCUGCUCGGGUCCGUGUUGAACCGAAGCGACGUUGCUGGUAAACGAGUGUUUAGGAUCGUUUUUUUAACUACUCCUGUCACUCCUGCUUUAAGAGGACAGCAGAAAGUGUGUAGUGAGAGCGUUUCUGCACCAAGAAACAUUCGAUCGGAGUCAAAGGGACACGUGCGAGUUCGCAGGACUGCUUUAUCCGGCCUUAUAUAACCUUUUUUAAUUCUUUCUUAUUCUGACUGUUCAGUAAUUAUUUGUAUUUCACUUUAGAAAUCGUCAUAAACUUAUUCAACUAUAAGUGUUCAUUUUUAAAGGAAUCAAUAUGUAGUAAUAAUGACAGCUAAUGGUCUCUAACGGGUCAGUCGAGGUUGUAUUUGUUACUUCUGCAAUAUUAUCCAAACCAACUUUGCAGUAUUUUAUACAGUCGAAAACAAAAUGCCUCGGGUUUUUAAUUCCUCUUUUGUACAAGUAUUUCACAAUUUCACACUAAAACGUACAGCGAAUUUCUCAAUCCUGCUUCGGAAAGGAGAGAACUUUUCAUCCCGAAGUUCAGCUUGGCAUGUGCUGAUAAUCGGUCAUGUGAUAUUGCAAUAUUUAAACAUUUCAUUAUUAGAGAGGCGCCAAACUCCACCCACAUUCAGACAUGUCUCUCUCCCUCCCUCUCUCUCUCCCCCUCCCUCCCUCUCUCCCUCCCUCUCUCCCUCUCUCUCUCUCUCUCUCUGAAAGGGAAUCCCAGAAUUCUGUUCACUGACAGUUUGAAAAAAAACAACAACUGUAGCUCUGACUGAGGAAUUCGGAUCAUUUAUCAUCUUAUAGCUGCAGUUUAGUGAGUAAAAGUUGUUUUUCAUGAAAAGUUAUUAAAUUGCACUCGCAACUGAAACAUGACCAAACUUUCAGCAUUAAUUAAAACCUUAGCUUUAAUGUUUUGAGUGAACUCGCUUUUUGCUAACAGGAAAUGAUCACAGUGUUGUGAUACGAUCCCUAAAGUUCACCAAAAUAUCAGCACAUGACCCGACAUCAAUCACACACCACACACUCGUCACAUCACAGUCGCGAUUGAUUGAUUUAUUUUUCUUUCGUAUCUGACUGCAUCUGGUUUGUUUAUAAGCCCCACAGAUCUCGAUAUUGUGCUCGAUGAUAUUCCUGUGGCCUUUUUUGAUGUAUUUGAAUAUAUCUAAUAUAUCUAUAUAUAAAUAUAAAUCUAUAAAUCUAUAUUUUAUGCAGAUAUGCAACUGUCUCCUCCUGAAUAAUUAAUGAGGACGACCAUUUCUCAUGCUUGAAACGACUUUGUAUCUGUUAGGAAGUUAGCGGCUGAUAAAUAACAAUAAGGACAAGCGAGGUUCAAGACUCGAGACGGGCCAGAGCGGGAGUUUUAACAUUUUUAAUUUAAUAUAAAACCGGUGCGAUUCCUCAUACAAAAAAAACAAAAACCCAGCUCAUAAACACAACUGGAUAAAAAAUAAUCACUAAUCAGUAAAUCCGUUCUGAGCUCACAGACGUUAUCCAGCAAUAACAAGAGAACGACGCUAUAAACGCAGUGUAGGUGAAAAGAAAUAUGAAAUGUUAUUUAAAUCCCCAAAUAAUCAACAAGCAAGAAAAAAACCCAGUGAAACAACGCUAAAUAAAAUUACAGCAAAACCUCAGUAACGUUAACGGACUCAGUAUUAUCACACACUCGGCGUAAAUGUUCCAAAGGAUCAUAAACAUGACUGUGGCCUUUUCCAGUAUUCAUUUUUAAUAAAAAUUAUCUUUAAACACAAACACUGUAAACACACUAACACACUUAAUACACACGCUGGACCAUAAACCUGCAUUUUAUUAAUGUAUGUAAAGUUUUAGCACAUUUACUGAACUGCUACUGAACUUAAACACACACGAGUAAACAAACCGUAAACAUAACGACUUUAACCUGUUUAAUGUUACGCAUUAAUUAACAUUACAGUAAAAAUGCUAACAUGCCAGCUAGCAUUGUAUAUAUGUGUAUAAUAUUUUAGCCUGUUUAAUGUAAUGUUAUUUUGUCGUUAACUCGUUAGCAGGUGUUGUAGUAAAAAUGCUAACGUUAAAACUAGCAUUAAAGCUUUUCAUUUAAAUCCAUUAAUUUCACAGCCGUCGUGUUUUUGUGAGCCAGAACAGCUCCGCACCGCUCUGUAAUGUUUGGAUUAAAAAAAUUACAAUUCUAAAAUAAAAAAAAAAAGAUAAAACAGAGAGAAGGACACCGGUUUCUGAUCUCGCUAACCCCCGUCCCGCCCGACUCGAGUCUUGCGCCACCAUAAGGAUUGAAACUGAUUCCUGUACGAAGUUUAUGUUUAUUGUUGAAUUAUUUAAAUCUAAAUGGUUGAUUUCAAGCUGCUUCUCCGUGGAGGAAUGUUCGUGUCUCUGGAACUGUACAUUCAAUAUUUUUCAUCUGUAUUUUUGCCAGAAGCGUUGCAGGAGCUUCAAUUUCUGCAUAACUUUUAUUGUAGCUACAAAAACAAAACAAAACAGAGACCAAGAUGGUGUUGGGUUCGGAGAGAGGAACAGAAAAACGAGUAAAUAACAAAGGUGUGUCUCUUACCUCACUGAGGAGUUUUUCAGGGAUUUUUUGACAAUGCGUCUGCGUCGUGUUACAGCUUCACUAUACCUGAUGAUCAGCUGUUUUAUAUGUGCUGUAUACAUUUUUUUAAAGAUGCAAUCUCUAUAAUGUGUAUAAAGUAGGCUCGGUAAAGGGGCAGUUUGAUUUCUUUUGUUCUGAUUUAUGAAGGAGAUGAAAUUUGUCCAUACGUGUUGUACAGUUGUAUGGAAACCAACACCAGACAUGUUUAUACGGCAAAUAAAUAUUGAAUUAUUUUUUUGGUUAA